AUGAAUUAUCAGGUGAUCAUUGUUGACAUUCCUUCUGGUGCAGAACCAAAACGUGCUAAAUAUGCCCCCUCAAGUGUUCAAGAGCUGAUUUACGAUAUCGGCCCAGAGUACAUAAUGAGAAAAGCCGGAGAUUUGAGUGAAGCGCGAGUUAGCGUCACUGAAGGAAGCCCAAAUACGAAAGACUCUCUGAGUCUGGAUUCAACUUCACCCCAGCAUGAGAAACCUGGCGAUGAGGCACCUUCGAGCGGCAGUCUGCUUGAGUCUCAUCUUCGCUGGAUUCAUCUUCCCGUUAAAGAGUUAAAUUUAAUGCGAGACCUUGUAAGUCGACUAUCAAGUGAUUUGGGACGAUCCGAGAGGGAACACAUGGCUAUUAUGAAACACUUCAACAAAAGCUGGACAGAGCUGGCGGCAGGCGCAGAACGUUAUUAUAUGAAACCCCAAUUUGUGCGCAAGCAGGAAGAUAGCUACCACGACCCAGCCAAUGAAAGAAAUGGCGACCAGGCACCAAGAGAGUCCACUGCCGGCGCUUGCGCGGCACUUUAUAUGCCAUACCUCGACAUAGGGACCUUUGAUCGCGAAAGAGAUGAGUCUUCAAACACCAGAUCUUCCGCUUUACCUGAUGAGUCUAUUAACGAGCGUAACUCGAGGGAAAUCAAGCAUGAGCCUAUAACUCUCGAUCAAUAUUACUAUCCAACUAUCGACGAUACUUCAAAGAGAGAUAAUGAUCAAGUACUGUCAAAAUUCUUACAAAAAAAUCCGAGGAAUAGGGAGAAAAAUACUCAUGAAACAAUUAUCACAGCCACAACUCAGAAAUUUGGUGAAACUUCAGAACAAAUCAGCAAAGCAGAUCGAAAACCUCCAGAGAUUCUCCUUCAGAAUGCAUUGGAUGACAUACUUCACGGCGAUACAAAAAGUCAAUUUGAACGCGCAAAAACAGUCGACUCCCUGAUGGAGCUUCUUCUUGGUGUUGCAUCUGGGCUUUUCAUGAAACGUUUUGUACCUGUUUCUGACCAAAUCUACAAGGGGCCGAUUGAGAUAUUCGAAAGUCGAUUAGAGACGUGGUUUGCCGAGAAAGAAUCUUCACUAUUCCGAGAGUUUCUUCGAGGUCUCCAGGAAGCAAAACCUCGGGAACAAAAGUCUCUGGAACCAGAGCAAAAGAAAGAACAGCCUUCGAGUGAAGAUUCUGACUCCAAGUCACUGGAUAAACCAAUGCCUUUAAAUCGCUACCAUGUUAUUUUAUCUGAAACCGAGCUUCUCAACAUGAUACGAGAUAUCCGUGACGAGCUUCAUAUGCUCAGACCUCUGGCAGAGGAUUAA